AAGGAAUCCAACCUCAUGUUUUCGUCUUCAAGAACAGAGUACCGACGGCCGACGGAUUUUCCUUUUGAUUCUUCAAUUUCACUUUUUUGUUCAUGUUUUCGUCUUUGAUUUUGAUUGAGAACGACGGCGACCGACAACGAACUCGGCAUUCAAAAGCAGUGUUUACCCAAGUUUUCAUCUUUGCUCAAGGCGACUACCCAUGAAUCCGAUGACCCAAGGCAGCGGCGACCACCAUUAAAUCCGGCGACCCAAUGCAGCGGCACCACCCUCUUUAAGUCUAUCGGCCAAAAUUCAGAGGGGCUUUAUGUAGCAUUGAACCAAUUACCACCCUCUUGGGUCUGGCGACCAGAAGCAGCGACUUUACGCCUUCACCAGCGAGCGAACGGGUUUCAGUAGUUAAGUGGUUUCCAUUGAAAAUAGCCAACAUUGCUCUAAAGCCAAUCCAGAAAUCAUUAUGUAGACUUUUGGAGGAGAAAUUCAUCUCGUUGUUGCAGACAUGUAAGGAUCUAAAACACCUCCAGCAGAUCCAAAACCAAAUAAUCAUCCAUGGUCUUGAACAAAAUGAAUACGUCCUGCCUAAAAUUGUUGCAGCAUGUGCAAAAUGGAAUAAGAUGGGGUACGCCCGCCUGGUAUUUGAUCAAACUCCGGACCCAAAUGCUAUCCUCUGGAAUGCGAUGUUCAAGGGGUAUGCAGAGAAUAAAUUCCAUAGAGAGACAUUGGUUCUAUUUUGCCAGAUGAAGAGUAAGGAUGUCAAGCCAAAUGCUUAUACCUUCCCCUUUGUGAUCAAAUCAUGCGGGAAGAUCCUUGAUUUGGGUGGAGAGGAAGUGCAUUGCUGUGUAAUUAAAAAUGGGUUUGAAGCAAACUCAUUUGUAGGGACUACAUUGAUUGAUAUGUAUUCGGAAAGGGGUGCAAUUCAGUUAGCUUAUCAGGUGUUUUCUGAGAUGGCCGCAAAGAAUGUGGUUGCAUGGACAGCAAUUGUAAGAGGGUACAUUAUAUAUGGUGAUGUUGGAUCUGCACGCCUCCUCUUUGACCUGACACUUGAGCGUGAUGUCAUUCUCUGGAAUACUAUGAUCUCAGGUUAUAUUGAAUCCAAGAAUCUAGUGGAAGCAAGACGACUCUUUGAUGAGAUGCCAAAUCGAGAUGUGAUGUCUUGGAACACUAUGUUGACUGGAUAUUUUAACAAUGCAGACCUUGAGUCAGGUGAAGGGCUUUUUGAAGAAAUGCCAAACAGAAACAUAUUCUCUUGGAAUGGUUUGAUUGGAGGUUAUGCCCUCAAUGGUCAGUUCUUCAAGGUUUUGAGUGCUUUCAAGAGGAUGUUAAUGGAGUCUGAUGUUACACCUAAUGAUGCAACACUUGUGAGUGUUUUGUCUGCUUGUUCAAGGCUAGGGGCUCUAGAUUUGGGUAAGUGGGUGCAUGUCUAUGCAGACAGCAAUGGGUUUAAGGGGAAUGUAUAUGUUGGCAACGGAUUGAUUGAUAUGUACGCAAAAUGUGGGAGCAUACAAAAUGCUAUCAGCGUGUUCAACAAUAUGGUUUCAAGAGAUUUGAUCACUUGGAACAGCUUUAUUGGUGGGUUGGCUAUGCACGGACAUGGGAUUGAUGCUCUGAAUGCUUUUGAUCAGAUGAAAAAUGCUAGGGAAAGACCUGAUGGAAUCACCUUUGUUAGCAUAUUGUCGGCUUGCACACAUAUGGGUCUAGUUGAAAAAGCAUUUCUGUAUUUCCAAUCCAUGGUUGAUGACUAUUCCAUCGUGCCUCAGAUUGAACAUUAUGGAUGCAUGGUUGAUCUUCUAGCUCGAGCUGGUUUGCUCAAUGAGGCUAUGGAUUUCAUAAAUAAGGUGCCUAUUAAAGCUGAUGCUGUUAUAUGGAGUGCACUGCUUGGGGCUUGUCGGAUAUACAAAAAUGUCCAAUUGGCUGAGCUAGCUCUUGAACGGCUUAUUGAGCUCGAGCCAAAGAACCCUACAAAUUAUGUGAUGCUUUCAAAUAUAUAUGCGGAUAUUGGGAGGUGGGGAGAUGUAGCUCGACUGAAAGUUGUUACAAGGGAGAUGGGGGUUAGAAAAUUACCAGGGUGUAGCUUGAUUGAGGUCAAUGAUAAUGUUACUGAAUUUUACUCGUUAGAUGAGAAGCAUCCUCAGAGAGAGGAGAUUUAUGGGGCUUUGAGGGGAUUGACAGAGCUAUUAAAGCCAUCCAAUUAUGACGUAGACCUAAAGGAAUUUGAGGAGGUAACAUGAAAAAAAUAAAGAGAUGCCAUGAACAAUGAAAGCAAAAACUACUCCCCAGCCUUGUUAACACAUUGAUUGAAAAUUGAAAGCCUUUGGUUUAUUUGGAAAAAUAGAAAUAAUAAAGUUUUCAAGAAUUCCGCGCUCCCUCCUCAGCUCCUACUUGAUAAAGCUAUUGCAUUGGCUAAAGACUUUGUGGCCAUUAUUAAUGAAUUAAAUGCUGUGUUGCUGAUAAAAAAAGAAUUCCUAGCUAUUGGGAGGGACCUCUCUCUCCUUCGGGGUGAGUUGAAGAAGAUAAUUUGUAUCCAAUGGAUCCCCUAGCUGAGAGUUUCAUUAAAAUAAACUUGGAUGCAUCCAAAAAAGACAAUGGGGGAUGUGCCAUUAGGUGGGCUUGCUUGCAAUCCUAGUGGCUGUGUGCUUAGUAUUUUUUUCCAGGGCGGUUGGGUACUCAACAGUAAAUGUUGCUGAGGCUUGGGCAGCUUUGGAAGCUCACAGGUUGGCGCAUGCUUCAGGAGGGAAGCAGUAAUCAUUCAAGGUGACUCAAAGGUCAUGGUGGACUGCCUGAAGAGAAGAGUAGAUGAGUAGAUCCACCAUGAAAUGUCAAGCCCAUAUGAUUCCUGUUUUGAGAUUAGCCGUUGUUUAGCCUAAAUGUUUCGGUACUCCCAUGUUCUUUGAGAGGUGAAUGCUGCUGCUGAUUGGUUGGCUGAUGCGGGGCACAAUGACCAGGCCUUUCAUCCAUUGGUUCAAAUGGUUGUUUUGAGCUAGUUUUGUUGUAGUGAUCCUUGGGGUCGGGCUAGUCCAGGCAUGUGUAGUCCAGUUUCUUCUCCUUGAUACCCAAAACAAAGUUUUUCUCCACAUUUUUUACCGUAUCAAGUUUUCUCAUCCCUUGAAUCUACAGAUAAUUAAUGUUAAAUUUA